GCACGUGCCGUUCCGUAACUAUCUAUCACGCAGCAUCAUGUUUCAGUCAUGAGUCGGAGAAAUGGGAAACUACGGUCGAGGUGGUUCAUCCCGCACACUGACUCCUUUGACCACCAUAAUUUUGUCUUGAUGGCCGUUAAGGCUGAUUGACAUCUCAUUCUCCUGAACAAGUGUCGACGGCCGCAUAAGGGAAAACGUAGAAUAUAGUAAAUGCCGCAAUUGUGAAUUAUUCCGAUAUGAUAAACGCUAAUAAAUUGUUGUACGCAGGCAGUGUUUUAAAAUUGUUUUGAAUACGAAUGGAAAAUGCAGAGCUCCCGUAGCUACCACUAUGCAAAACUGCAUGGAUCUCUAGCACUACAUUUUCACACUGCUUUGUGCAACAGAAUGUUUUAAUACACGUGGGCGUAUGAGUCUGUUGCUCACACCAGUGUUUUUUUUUUUUUUUGCAGAAAGCUAUUGAUAUCGAAUGGCCUUCAUGUGGAAUACCUUGUAUUUGAGAUUGAUUUGUUUCUUUCAGACAACUUUGUAUCACGGAAGGAAUAACCCGGAUCGUGGCCUACUGAACAUACUGCCUGCAAGAGCUUAAAGGGCCCCUACUUUCAGGAAACCACUUUUGUGCUGCAUUUUACAACAGACAUACCAGGAACACAGAUGGGCCUCAUGGUUUUCUUUGCCACAAUGUUGCCCCUGAUGCUGCCAGUAGUUGUAGGAAAAGAAGCGGCCUGCAAGAGCUCACAAGGUCUGAAAUUUGAUCACGCAACUUGGCCUUACCCAAGUGUAUUCGCCUACGAUAAUAAUACAGAUGAGUGCAAAGAAUAUCCAGCCGAUUCCAUUCCCACCGAUGGGACGCGGACAGUGUACCAAACCAUGUACAGUUGCUUCGUCGAUUGCACGCCAGAUCACCCCCCUCCCAAACAAUGCAUGAGUCCUAUGUAUGAACCUUGCGACCAAUGCUUCACAACGGCAUAUUAUUACAACCACCACGACAUGAUUUGUUCACAGUACUACACGAGCACUGAAUACUGGUUUCCUCCUGAAGAUUCGAACUGCUUUGGAAACAAUGAAACUUGUCAAAGGCAAUGCCAAGGAUUUGGCCACAAGAACGAAAAUGGCAACCGUCAUAGAAAGUGACAUCAACGGAAAAAGAAACAGAGCUGAUAAACUACAAGAGGCGAUUCCAUACUGUUAUGAGCCCGGCGGAUCUGUAAAAUUUGGCUGAAUAAAAUUGGUCGCACUGGUUA